AUGGCUUUGGGUCCCGAGCAUCCAAGGAGAGUAAGAGGGGUAGGUGCUGGGAUUUCCCCUAGGCAAUACUUCAAUUUACCCAGACAACAGAGGGUAAAGUUUGCCGAUCAAUUAAAGGAAAGUGUAAGACUUGUCCUUCAAGAAGAGACUAAGAAGAUGGAAGCUAGGUCAAGGGAAGAGACUUUAAGGAUGGAGGCUAGAACCAAGCAAUUGGUAGAGGCUGAGUGGGAACAUUUGCUGAGUCAACUUUCCCAACUCAUCCCCAAUUUUGAUCCAAGCAUGCUUAAACCGAAAACUAGCCCCUGUCAAAACCAAAGUCCUAAAAAUCCAAUGUCUGACAAAGCAAUCUGCUCUGGGGCUGAUGUGAGAUCCCUACAUUUUGAGGAUGAUACUGCCAAAAAUGGGGAAAAGCAGGAAGAAAUGAAAUGUAGGGAUUUAGAAAAUCAAGAUGAAGAGAAGAAAGAAGAAAAACAAGAUGAAGAGAAUAAAGAAGAAAAACAAGAUGAAGAAAAGCAUGAUGAAAAGGGUAUUGAAGUAGUUGAUUAUUCAAAGGUGGAGGUGUCAUCUUCCUUACAAUCCCUUUGUCGUUAUGUGGAAACGACACUAACGCCUCAGGAGAAGAUCAUGAUCUAUACAAUGGAGAAGGAGGUGUUUGGUGCAGGUCGCAGUACCUUCGUCUUGCCUGAAGAUAUUACACAGUUAGCAGGCAUGGCAGAAAUUGGGGCUACUGUGCUUGCAGUGUUUAUAAAUAACAUGGUUGGCUUUAUCGACCCUGCUCAAGUUAGUUCCAACGCUGGGUCACUAACUGACAAAUCACGAUUGGUAGCCAAUCGACUUCAGAAGACAGAUGGUGAACAGAUUUUCAUGAUGCCUUAUAAUCCAGGCCGUCAUUGGGUCUUACUGAUUGUGAGAGCAAAGAAGGAAACCGUCUAUUUUCUGUAUUCUCUGCCCAGAAAUCGUGUGGUUGAUGAGGAGGCCAAAAACAUGUCGAACAGUGCUAUAAAAAUGUAUAAUUCCCACAUAGGCAGACAAGGCCGUAAAGCACCCAUUUGGAAAACUCUGCCAUGCACACAAAAGCAACCAAGCAGUGUCGAAUGCGGGUAUUAUGUCAUGCGCUUCAUGAGAGACAUCAUCAUGGAUCCUUCCCUGGAGUUUGAGAAGACGUUUGCCAAGGGAAAAGAGCAAGCACCAUACCCCCAGGCAACCAUUGAUGAAGUCAGGAAUGAAUAG